AUGGCUCCAACUGUGUCAGAAUUCGAAAGACAGAGACAGGAGAAUAUUCAAAGGAAUCGGGAACUUUUGAAACAAUUAAAUUUGGAUUCAUUAAGUCAAUCAAUUACAAAUGAAGUACCUAAGAAGAAAGAUACCAAACGAAGAAAAGUUACUAAAACUUAUACCCCACGAGAAGUUGCUGAACCAUCAAGAAGAUCUCGUCGUAUAGCUGGGAUCAAAUCUGAACUUGAGAAUCCCGAGGAAUUCGCUAAGAUCAAAGAAGAAGAGGAUGAAAAGGAUAGAAAGAAACAAGAUUUAAUGGAUCUUGUCACUGAUAAGAAACUGGGAUCUCUUAAAAAUGAAGAUAAAGUGAUUAAGUUGGAAGAUGGUCAAGUCAAACAAGAAACUACUGAUGAGCUUCCUGAGGAUAAUAAAGUACUUAGUUUAUUAAGUAGUCUUGGUAAUAAAUUUUCAGCAGGUGAUUUCUAUGAAGAAAUCAGAAAGGCACCAGUUUAUGAUGACAAAGUAUUAGAAGACAAGAGAAAGGAAUUUGACAAUUUAAAGAUAUAUGAAAAAUUUGAUCCAUUAGAUAUUAAAGUGGCUCAUUAUAGAAUCACUGCUAUUAAUUUCCAUCCAUCCACAACUGAUAGAGUGGUAAUGGCUGGUGAUACCAAUGGUAAUAUAGGUAUCUGGGCAGUAGACUCUCCAAAUGAAAACGAAGAUGAACCAUUAGUUUCAAUCUUAAGACCUCAUGGGAAAUCAAUUUCAAAAAUAUUAACUCCAGUAAAAGCUCCUUCAAAGAUUUAUUCCGCUUCAUAUGAUGGUUCAGUACGACAAUUGGAUUUAAAUAAACUUGAAUCGAGUGAAUUAGCUUACUUGAGCGAUCCAGUAAUGACAGGUGAUAAUGCUCUCGGUGUGUCUGAUAUCAACCAAUGUCGUGAUGAUCCUCAUGUAUUAUAUAUGACUACAUUGUCAGGAAAUUUCUACAGUUAUGACACUAGAACUAAAUUCAAACGUCCAACCAUGAAGAGCUUAUUAAGAUUACACGAUAAAAAGAUUGGUGCAUUUUCAAUUAAUCCAAAUAAAUCAUAUCAAAUUGCUACUGCUUCAUUAGAUAGAUCAUUAAGAAUUUGGGAUUUAAGAAAUACUUCAAAAAGUAAUGCUGAAUGGUCCGAAUAUGAAGAUCAAACAUCUCCUCAUUUAUAUGGGAAGUAUAUUUCCAGACUUUCUGUUUCAACCGUAGAUUGGAAUAGUGAUAAUAGAUUAGUCUGUAAUGGUUAUGAUGAUUCAGUUAAUAUUUUUGAUUUUAGUGGUUCAGAUGAGAUUGAUACUGCUGAUUUCAGACCAUUUAAUAAAAUCAAACAUAAUUGUCAAACAGGUAGAUGGGUUUCAAUCCUUAAAGCUAGAUGGCAGUAUGCACCUGAAGAUGGAAUUCAAAAAUUCAUUAUAGCGAAUAUGAAUAGAGGUUUAGAUGUUUAUGAUCAAAAGGGUCAAAUCAUAGCUCAUUUAUCUGAAUCAGUUGGAGCUGUUCCAGCUGUUGCUACUAUGCAUCCAACUCAGAAUUGGGCUGUUGGUGGAAGUGCCAGUGGUAAACUUUACUUAUUUAAUUGAAGUUAAUUUUUUUAAUAAUAU